GACCAUGCGAGCGUCCAAAUCCAACACCUCUCGCCCGUUCCACACGCUGGAUGAGGCGAGGCCAUCGAGACUCAACAGUGGCUAAGGGAAGAAUGCUGCCAUCAUGAGUGCGCAUUACAACGCCAACAACUCGCGAGCCCACCGUCGCAUGUCCGGAGCCCAACAUGGUGACCCUGGCAGAGCGGGCCACGACACCAGCUUUAUGGCGCCGAGUGCAAUAGACCCAUCUCGGGUGGUCCCUCGCUCGCCGUAUGGGUACCCCGGGGACCCCGGUCCAACUGCAUAUGGCGACUCCAGGGCUCUCUAUCAGCAGAACAUCUCGCCUUACUCCACCCAGCCUGGAGUGUCGACGUCGGCUUCCUUAUACCAGCCCACACCCCAAUCCUCUGUGAACUAUCCCCAAGGAAACUACACCCUACGGUCGAGUCAGCAAGCCAGUCCCGCUCAGAUUGGGCAUUCCGGUGAAAUUCCAAAUCCAUACGUACACCAGCCUGCUUCAAGUAUCACCCGAGGAACUAGUUACGAACAUCGAUCUUCUUUCUCGCAACCCUCCGGAAUUGACGGCUUGACGGAUGGCAUCCGAAACCUAGCGACGAGUUCAACGGGGACCCAAUGGUCGAGCUCGCCUGGCGCGGGCGAUCCCGGUCAUGCUCCAGGGAUCUCUCAUGUACGUUGUUCUGGCGGUGCCACGAUCAAGGCGUCAUCUAAUUGCCCCGUCCAGUCGGUUCAGUCCCUGUCACGAGGGAGUGGCAUGCCACAUAAUGUUAUUUCGGGGACCAGCAGUACCCACAACACAACUUUAGACCCACGCUAUGUGGUGCAAAAGAGCCCCAGGAAUUUCUUCAAGGUCGGAAGGGUCUUCGCCAUUCUUUGGCACGAAAACGAAGGCUCCACCGGCCGCGGUACGCAGAGCUACAUCAGCGAAGGCCCCGUGUACACGGGCCGGUUCAACGAGCUGGUCCAUAGCGGGAUCCGACGCAUGGUAGUCGUGAAGGCGCUUGAUCAGUGUGCUUGGUGCUUCCCCGUGGGCACAUACAGUCGCAAAGGGGUCGCGAAAGCCGGCGUGGAUGCAUCCAAACAUGCCGUUAUCUAUAUGCAAGGCACCGAGCCGCAGCUUGGCUCUGGCGAGCCUCGCAUGACGAAGGGUCCGCUGGAAGUCGCCCCAGCCUCGCCCGACCAGAAAUUGGAUCACAUGUCCCGAUUGAAUUUCGGGAAGAUCUAUACGGUCGAGCACAACGUGAAGGUCCUACCGGUUGGUAAGAUCACCGAGCGAUCGAUGCCACGCUUCCAGAGCUAUGCAAGAAAUGAAAUCAACAUCAUGCCUUAAUGUGAAGUAGGUCUCGGUCUGCGACCGACUGCUCCGGAGUAGUUAUUUGAUUUCUCCUGCCUUUCCGUUUAUCGUGCUCUUUGUU